UCCCUAAUCUCACAUGCAGGGGGCUGAUUAGCGACGCGGGCAAUGACUCAGGCGUUUGGGGCGCAAGACCUCAGUGCUACAGGACACCUGGCACGGGAGAGCGAGCCGGGGAGCCGCCAGGAGCACAUCGGGAGACACCACCACUCAGGUUAUGCGUCAGAGUGCCAGCAGUGCCAGGCUGUUGUGAGACGCCUCAGCUCGCAAGCGACUGCACGCCUUGAAGAGUCACAACGGACAAAUGUCAUCCCCCGGGGGUGAGCUCGGCUCGCCGGGCCUGAUGGAUGAUGAGACUUUCAACGAAACCCUGAAUGGGCCGAACUUCCGAGAGUCUUUGCUCGACGAGAAGCCCCCUAGCGUAAACGAUGAGGAUGGCGACUUGGAAUAUCUCGAGGGGGCGAUGAAGAGGCACCGACCUGAUGCACAGAGUCUAGAAGAUUCCCUGCAGGAGGAGGAGGAGUCGCCCUUCCGAAAGUUGGACCCCAAAGGGUUGCAGCCAGGGCACCAUGGAGCCUACGAUCUUGAGAAAAGGAGGAAGAUGGACCCCGACUCCCCAGACAGGGAGAGCUACUUGGGCAUUGAAGGUAGACGUCCUGACCCGGACAGCUCUCGGGACCGAGGAAGUCACCAGCCAUACGUGGAGCUUCACGAGCUGACGAUGGAUGGCCGGAAGGAGGAGCUCUACUGGCAGGAGUCGGCCCGCUGGCUGCAGCACGAGGAGGACUUCAGCGUGGCCGGGCAGCACUGGGGCAAGCAGCACGUGUCCUACCUGACCUUCACCAGCCUGCUGGAGCUGCGCAGGUCCAUGAGCAACGGAGUCGUCCUCCUCGACGUGGCAGAGACCAGUCUCGCCGGAGUGGCCAAGGAGGUGGUGGACAGCAUGGUGAGCAGCAACCAGGUGAAGGAGGAGCAUCGUGAGGAGCUCCUGAGGACCCUACUGCUUCGGCAUAGCUCCGGCCCGCUCGAGUCGCCAGGAGGCGAGGCCCAAGAGACGUCCACGCCCCUGGUGGAGCAGCACCACAUCGAGAUGGAGACCCUGGCCGUCACUGGAGAGGGGGACAGACAGGAGCAAGUGGACGCCACGUUGGUGCUCGUGGGCCCCGUUGACUUCCUCGAGAAGCCCACCAUGGGAUUUGUGCGCCUCAAACAGCCAGCAGACAUGCACUCCGUCCUGGAGGUCAGCCACCCGGUGCGCUUCGUCUUCAUCCUGCUGGGGCCGAAGAUUCCCAACACGGAAUACCACGAGAUCGGGCGAGCCAUCGCCACCCUGAUGGCAGACCGGGAGUUCAGCUCGGCGGCCUACCUGGCAGACAGUCGUGAAGAUCUGACCAAAGCUGUGGCCGAGUUCAUGAACUGCAGCAUCGUAAUCCCACCCUGCGAGAUCGGAGACCAGGAGAUGCUGCAGUCCUUGGUGGGCUUCCAGAGGAGGCUCCUGAAGAGUCGCUACCGGCUUCCCGAGGCCAAAGUGCACAAAGAGGAAUUUGUGGAAAAGGCCGAAGAAGAAGACCCCCUGAAGAGAACGGGCUGCCUGUUUGGUGGUCUGGCCAGAGAUGUCCGGCGCCGCUACCCCCACUACCUGAGCGACAUCACAGAUGCCCUCAACCCGCAGGCCCUGGCCGCGGUCAUCUUCAUCUACUUCGCAGCCCUGUCGCCCGCCAUCACCUUCGGGGGGCUGCUAGGGGAGAAGACGGAGAAGAUGAUCGGGGUCUCGGAGUUGCUGGUGUCCACUGCUAUCCAGGGGGUGUUCUUCAGCCUGCUGGGGGCUCAGCCCCUGCUGGUCAUCGGCUUCUCGGGCCCGCUGCUGGUGUUCGAGGAGGCCUUCUACUCGUUCUGCAAAGGCAAUCAGCUGGAGUACAUCGUGGGCCGCGUCUGGAUUGGCUUCUGGCUCAUCAUCAUCGUCCUGCUGGUGGUGGCUUUUGAGGGCAGCUUCAUGGUGCGCUUCAUCUCCCGCUUUACCCAGGAGAUCUUCUCCUUCCUCAUCUCACUCAUCUUCAUCUACGAGACGUUCUCCAAGCUCAUCAAGAUUUUCAUGGCUCAUCCCCUCCGUGCCACCUACAAUAACACCAUUCUGAAUGCCACUUCAUCUGAGGAGGAGAGCGACCCGCUGCCCAACACUGCCCUGCUGUCCCUUGUCCUUAUGGCCGGCACUUUCUUCAUCGCUUUCUUCCUCCGGAAGUUCAAGAACGGCCGAUACCUGCCUGGCAAGAUCCGGCGGAUCAUUGGUGACUUUGGCGUCCCCAUCUCUAUCCUCAUCAUGGUUGGGGUGGACUUCUCAAUCAGAGACACCUACACUCAGAAACUCAGCGUCCCCAGUGGCUUCUCGGUGUCCAACCCCGAAAACAGGACGUGGUUCAUCGACCCCAUGGGGGCCACUGGUGACUUCCCAAUCUGGAUGAUGUUUGCUUCCAUCGUGCCAGCCCUGCUGGUGUUCAUCCUUAUCUUCCUCGAGUCUCAAAUCACAACGCUCAUCGUCAGCAAGCCAGAGAGGAAGAUGGUUAAGGGUUCCGGCUUCCACUUAGACCUGCUCCUGGUGGUGGGCAUGGGAGGCAUCGGUGCCCUGUUUGGCCUGCCGUGGCUGAGCGCAGCCACCGUGCGUUCCGUCACCCAUGCCAACGCGCUGACUGUCAUGAGUAAGGGGGCCAAGCCGGAGAUUGUAAAGGUCCUGGAGCAGCGGAUCAGUGGGCUGCUGGUGGCCAUCCUCGUGGGCCUCUCCAUCUUCAUGGAGCCCAUCCUGAAGCUCAUCCCGCUGGCCGUGCUCUUUGGCAUCUUCUUGUAUAUGGGGGUCACCUCACUCAAUGGCAUCCAGCUCUUCGACCGCAUUCUGCUCCUGCUGGUGCCCCACAAAUACCACCCGGAGGAGGCCUACGUUCACUGGGUGAAGACCUGGCGCAUGCACGUGUUCACCAUCAUUCAGGUCCUGUGCCUCGCCAUUCUGUGGGCCGUCAAGUCCAGUCCGGCGUCCCUGGCACUGCCCUUCUUCCUCAUCCUCACCAUCCCUCUGCGCCGCUUCCUGCUCCCGUGCAUCUUCAGCGACAGGGAGCUCAAAUGUCUGGAUGCCGAUGACGCCAAAGUCCACUUCGAUGAGAAGGAAGGCCAGGACGUGUACGACGAGAUCCAGAUGCCAGUGUGAGGGUCGCCCAGACCCCGUGUGGCGCAAGCCAGUUUGCUUUCUCGAUUCGCCGGCCGCAGGUGUGUUGUGUUCGCUCAGCUCUGCCCUUCGUUGUGACCGGACGUCAGCUGGACACGAUGGCCAGUCCGCCGGCGCUCCUCUCGCUCUUUAUAUAGUGCCUUUCGAGAGGAGCGCCACCCCCUGCCCCGUCAAGUGCCGCCGUGCUGUGGAGUUUUGGUGUGUUUUCCAGUUUCUUCUUCAUGCCCAUUAAAUUUGGUUUGACCUUUU